AUGUCCAUUACACAACCACAUUAACGCUAUCCUUCUAUGUUUACGUAAUGAUCUGUAACCAUACGUCCGGAGCCUUCAUUACAUCAGCAAAAUUAUUGGAAGUAGAUGCAGCCUGUGAAGUAGAUGCAACCUCUUUCACUACUUGUUUAUUCUCAACAGCUGAAAGGAAAAACUUGAAACAAAGAGAAUGGGAGAUGAAAGUCCUACCCUUUUGAGACCUGAUGCCAUGGAAUGGCAUUGUUCAAACAUUAAUUGGCAGCAAGAUACACAGAGAAAAGUCAGGCCAAGUUCAGCGUCACUUUUUGUUACCCUUGAAGAAAUUGCACCAUGUAAUGAUAUUAUAUUAGAUGAGAAAAAAACCCAAGAGUCUGAAACGUUUACAUUAAAACCUUGGAUUAAGGAGUCAAGAAGACAAUCAGGAUUUUUAUCAGUUGAGAAAAAUGUGAAACGAUACUACAAGCAAAUGGAAGAGACAAAAAUCACUUUUGAUCAGAUCAAGGAAAAUGACUGCGACACAUCAUUCAUUACCAGGUCUGAGGAUGAUAACCAGUCUGAAAAAGUGUCAACUGCAGUGAAAUUGAGUUUGUUCCUUAAUACUGCUUUGCUAAUUGCUAAGGCAGUGGCUUCAUAUCUUUCUGGUUCCAUGUCUAUCAUUUCUAGCUUGGUAGACAGCACUGUAGAUUUGGUCUCGGGUGUUGUUGUGUGGUAUACAAGUCAUGCCAUUAAAGGAACUAAUUAUUACAAAUACCCUGUGGGAAAAACCCGCUUGGAGCCAAUCAGCAUUAUUGUAUUAUCAGUCAUAAUGGCUGUGGCUUCAAUACAAGUGAUAAUCACAUCUAUCACAAAGAUGAUCGAAUACACAGUUGAUCCUGAUAUUUCAACUCCCACAGUUGUAAUUAUUGGUGCAACUGUCUUUAUUAAAGGGGCUCUGUAUCUUUAUUGCCAUCAAAUAAAGAAACCUUCAACAGAUGCUUUAGCUCAAGAUCAUAGGAAUGACAUGGUUUCAAACUCUUUUGCUUUAGGAUUUGGUUAUAUUGGUUACAAAGUAUGGCCCAAUGCUGAUGCAUUGGGUGCUAUUAUGAUAAGUCUUUACAUAGUCAUAGGGUGGUAUAGAACUGGUAAGGAGCAGAUACGUGGCUUGACAGGCCAUACUGCUCAACCAACCAUGUUACAAAAGCUUCUGUGGGUUUCAAUAAAUCAUGACACAAGAAUUCAGUAUAUUGACACAUUAAGAGCAUACCAUUUAGGCUUCCAUUUUCUUGUAGAGGCCCAUAUUGUCUUACCACCUAGCAUGACACUUGCAGAAGCUCAUGAUAUUGGUGAAUCACUUCAAAGGAAGUUAGAAAGUUACUCAGAUAUAGAAAGAGCCUUUGUUCAUAUCGACUAUGAUUUUGAACAUCAUCCAAGUGUUGAACAUAAAAUAGGACCAGGGCAUAGUGCUGACACCACUCCUGAGCAAACAUAGGUGAAUGGCACUGUUUGAGCUUAGAAAAGUAUUAAUUUGAGAGAUAAUGACAUGAUUAAGAUACAAUUUCUCAAUGGCAGUACGUGACAAAGCUUAUAACAUAUAGUAAUCGUGGUGAUCAAGACUUGAGCUCUUCACUGUGCUUCUUUUCUUUCCAUGGUGUGCUACACUUCAUGGUGUACUACACUACGUAGUCUUGGAAGGUAUGACCUGAACAAUGUCUGAUUUUAGAAUUACCAAGAGGGUUACAGAAUAUAUACAACGCUCUUAUUUAUUUAUUUUUUUAAAUAUUUCAUUGUCAGUUCAUUGUUGGAGUAUUAUAAUUGUGAGGAAAACAAAUAAAGAUGAUU